CAACUUACUCUCCGGGCCUUGGGCGGCCAUGCAAAGAGCGUUUCCCGACUUGCCAACAGCGUUUAACCUUUUCCUUCCUCCCCCCGUUCCUCAGAUUCGACGACAGAGACCUGUAUGAAUGAUUGAAGGAAUACCCAGGCUGUAGACCUGCAUCUGCAACAUGCAGCGGGUUUCUGCCUUGCUCCCGUCUUGGAAUGGCAGCCGGAAUAGCGCGGGUUCCGGGGGAAAGACGAGCCUCGACAAGGUUCGCGGGUGGGCUGACAAGAUACCAUCGCCGAACAACCGGCUGAGCACAUCCUCGCGGACCGGGAAGGAUUCCUAUGCGCCGACUACAAUAGACAAAGAAUGCGAUAGAGCUGCUCGCAUACUUAUAUCCUUCUGCCGCGACGGCUAUCUAGUGCCCGAUGAUCGACCAUGCAGCCCUACGACAACCUCUAGUAGCAAUUCAACACAAAAGAUGCUAAAGAAGAUUCCGCCGAGAAUAAUACAAAAUGCCGUCGGUUUGGCCAUAUUCACUUCCAUGCGGUCCGGUCUCUGGACGUCAGGCUCGGGCGGCAGUGGGGUUCUCAUCGCCAGAAAAACAGAUGGAACAUGGUCACCACCUUCCGGGAUUGCCUUACAGACUGUCACACUCGGGUUCGCACUCGGGAUUGAUAUCUACGAUUGCGUCGCCGUCAUCAACAGCUUCACCACUUUGGAGGUUUUCGGCAGACCGAGGAUUACACUCGGCACGGAUGUGCACAUGGCCAAUGGGCCCGUGGUAUCCUUGGGACUCCUGGAGAACGAGUUCAACUGGGCCGACCUGAGCGAUACUGUGUUUACCUACGUCAAAUCCAGAGGGCGGUCUACCGACGCAACACUAGACGGGUCUGUAUUGAGUGAAAGAGCCGACGAGAACGAGCGCUUCUAUGGCUGUAAUUUCAGUGUCCCCAAGAUCUUGGCUGGAGAUGUCAAUCAGAGUCUGCCGCAAGUGCGGCCACUCUCCGAAGUGCUCAAAUUCGCCGAAGGUAGAACCGACUACGACACUGCACUGCUCGAACAGUUAGCAAGCCAGCCGACACCAGGAGACGCCCACAUAGAGUCGCCCGCUCUCACACCAUCUGGGACCCCUUCUUUCGGCAUUCCGAACCCUGAAGAUCCCGACCCUUUCGGUGUUCUGGCCUUGGAGAUUGCCGGGGCGGAGAUUCGGGAGGCUGGUACGCAUCUGAGACCUGACAGCGCCCAGUUCGAAUUUUGCCCAAGCCCAGCGAGUCCAUUGUUUCCCAAGUUUAGUCGACGCAGUGUGGAUACCUAUCUAUCGAGAAGCAACAGGGGCAGUUACACGUCCAACAAAACCAUGGCCACUGAACAUAGUCAUGUUACCGAGGCUGGCACGCAGACCGACGUCAACACUGCGGCCACAACGCCUAGCCCAGGUCGAAGCGAAGCUGAAUACCAGCCGUCAAUUGCGGAGACGCCGGAAGAGGAAGCCAAAGAGCCCGUCGACGUUGACUAUACACAGAUCGAUAUCAGCGUGAUUCGAAAGUUGACCGCAUUCCCAGACCUCGAAGAUGACUUGCCGAUUCGGACCAGUAACGAUGACACACUGCGUAUUGAAGAGCCUUCGGACGGGGGAUUGGACCUUGAAUUGAAGGACGUUCCAAAGGACGAGCCGAAAGAGACACAUAGUCCGCGGACUGUCUCGGAAAGCGAGCCUGAGCUCGAUACCGACGACGUGGAUGAUAUAGAUCAAACUGAGUCCGAGCUUUCCGACGACGACGACGACGACGACGAGGAUGAGGAGUUUGAAGAUGCCGAGGAGCCUGUAAUUUUCGAGAUUGCAACCGCACAACCACCUCGUAUGGUUGCACCACAAGCCGUACAGGUUAAGGGAGCUGUUGUCAACAUUCCGCGCCGGGUCCCACCUCCCCUACCCGUCCGCAAUGUUGCUCGCUUGUCUCGGAAUAAAGCCGAGCUUGGAGAUGUCAGCAUGGUCAGCAGCCCACUGCGUAACGAGUUUGAGUUCGCUGAUGAUGCAUCGACACCCAAGCCUGGCGAAUCCUUCACCACUGCCACUGCUGAAAUAUUCAGCACACCGGAGGUCAGCGUUACGCACGUUGGCAAGGAUUCGGGAGAACCUGCACGCCAAGUUGCAAUGACCUCAGAACCGCUCGAUUAUUUUACGAGGUUUGAUGUUAAGGAGAAGCGGCCCAUGUCUCUACCUCAUAAAAGCCUGACUCGAGAGGAGAAGGCAACAAAGGACAAGGAGUCGGACCUCGCCUCGAGAAACCGUUCUGCUUCAGUCACUGUUGCCUGAAUCUUUUCAUUGUACUAUUCUCACCUUCAUUUAUCACGAUCUAAACAUUGGCACGGAGUUAUUGGGAAAAAGACAGCAUUCAUUUUGUGGCAACUGGGGGUUUCAUCUUCCGCGGCAGUGGAAUGUAUUGGUCACGGAGGGCUGCUUUACAGGUGCUUUAACGAGGAAUAUGAGCGCGGCAUUUGGUUCAAUUAGAGCCCACACGAAUACCCCCCCUUGAGAUCUAUUAGAUAAUUCAAUGUAUAUACUUAGACCCGUGGGAGUG